AUGAGUGAGAAGUGGGAGUCAAACUUUUCAGAAAACUGGCAUUAUAUUUUGAGUGUCAACGACACAAAGCCUAAUCUGUACUCAGACAUCAAUAUCACCUACGUGAACUACUUUCUUCAUCAUGCUCAAGUGGCAGCGGUCUUCUUUAUUUCCUACUUUCUGAUCUUCUUCCUGUGCAUGGUGGGAAAUACAGUGGUCUGCUUCAUUGUAAUGAGGAACAAACAUAUGCACACAGUCACUAAUUUCUUCAUCUUGAACCUGGCCAUAAGCGAUUUGCUAGUUGGCAUAUUCUGUAUGCCUAUCACGCUUCUGGACAACAUUAUAGCAGGAUGGCCAUUUGGAAGCACAAUGUGCAAAAUCAGUGGUUUGGUUCAGGGAAUAUCUGUUGCAGCUUCAGUCUUUACACUGGUUGCAAUAGCAGUGGAUAGGUUCCGGAGUGUUGUCUACCCUUUUAAACCAAAGCUCUCUAUCAAGACAGCAGUCGUCAUUAUUGCGAUCAUCUGGGUCCUGGCCAUUGCCAUUAUUUCCCCAUCUGCAAUAAUGUUACAUGUACAAGAAGAAAAAUAUUACCGAGUGAAACUCAACUCUGAGAAUAAAACCAUGCCUGUCUACUGGUGCCGGGAAGACUGGCCAAAUAAGGAAAUGAGGAAGAUCUACACCACUGUGCUGUUUGCUAAUAUCUACCUGGCUCCCCUGUCCCUCAUUGUCAUCAUGUAUGGAAGGAUUGGAAUUUCACUCUUCAAGGUGACAGUGCCUCACACAGGCAAGCAGAACAAGAAGCAGUGGCACGUGGUGUCCAAGAAGAAGCAGAAGGUCAUUAAGAUGCUCCUGAUUGUGGCCCUACUUUUUAUUAUCUCCUGGCUGCCCUUGUGGACUCUGAUGAUGCUCUCAGACUACGCUGAGCUGUCUCCAAAUGAACUACAGGUCAUCAACAUCUACAUCUACCCUUUUGCACAUUGGCUGGCCUUUUGCAAUAGCAGCAUCAACCCCAUCAUUUAUGGUUUCUUCAAUGAGAAUUUUCGCCGUGGCUUUGAAGAGGCUUUUCACCUCCAGUUCUGCCAAAAAAGAGCACAGUCCAAGGAAGCCUAUGCCCUAAGAGCUAAAAACAAUGUGGUCAUAAAUACAUCUCAUCCGUUAGCCCACGAACCUACAAUUCAAGACACACACGAGGAAAAUUUUCUUUAGAAACAGUGUGAAAAACCCCAAACAGAAACUGAUGGAAGAAUUAGGAGGAACUACCAAUAGCAAUGAGAUUU